AUGGAAGUGAUUGACACAAGAUCUCCUCUAGGAAUUAAAGUAGUAAAUCUUUUAGCCCCUUAUCACCGUGGAGGAAAAAUAGGACUAUUCGGGGGAGUGGGAAUGGGCAAAAUAGUACUCAUUAUGGAAUUGAUCAACUACAUUGCCAAAGCUCAUGGGAGCGUAUCCAUAUUUGGUGAAGAAGGUGAACAUACUCGUGAAGGCAAUGAUCUUUACAUAGAAAUGAAAGAAUCUAGAGCAAUUAAUGAAAAAAAUAUUUCAGAAUCAAAAGUAGCUCUAGUUUACAGUCAGAUGAAUGAACCACCGAAAGCACGUAUGAGAGUUGGUUUAACUGCCCUAACUAUGGCAGAAUAUUUCUGA